AUGUGGUGCAGAGACAGAAAUACUCUCCAGAGUCAAUCUAUGCUAUGCCUAGGCAAACAGAUUUUUGGCAUACCUCCCUUUUUGCCUGAGACUGAACAAAAGAAGCCAGGUGAAAGUCCUCCAGGAUGUCACGGGCCAAGACCUCCUACCUAUUUAAUGGAUGUGGCAGAGAGAAAUGUCACACAAUCGUCAUGUGAGUCUGAUCUGAAAGCUAAUGCUCAGCUUUCCUUACCCCCACUGCAUAGUCUUGCAAGUCAAUUAGCGAGGUUGGACAAACAAACAUCUCUGCAUGAAUGCCCUGUUGCGGUGUCCACGAACUUGCCUGUUCUAGAACCAACCCAUUUUCCUGUGAAACCUCUAGUUGGACAGAACAAGUCAGCUGGACAUUUCUUCUUGCCAGAAGCUGACGAGAAGACAUCAGUUUUAGAUGAAAGACCUCUGGGGCAUCGAGGGUCCAGACCUACUAACCAUUUAAUGGUCAUUGCAAAGAGAAAGGUCAAUGACCCUUUAUAUGAGACUGAUCGGAAAACUACCGCUCACCUCUCCUUUCCCCGGCUAACCAGUUUUGCAAGUCGACCAGCGAGGGUGGACAGACUUACGUCUCUGCAUGAAUGCCCUGUUGCUGUGUCCACGAGCUUGCCUGUUUUAGAACCAACCCAUUUUCCUGUGAAACCUCUAGUUGGACAGAACAAGUCAGCUGGACAUUUCUUCUUGCCAGAAGCUGAAGAGAAGACAUCAGUUUCAGAUGAAAGACCUCUGGGGCGUCGAGGGUCCAGACCUACUAACCAUUUAAUGGGCAUGGCAAAGAGAAAUGUCAAUGAACCUUUAUAUGAGUCUGAUUGGAAAACUACCGCUCACCUCUCCUUACCCCGGCUGCCCAGUUUUGCAAGUCGCCCAGUGAAGGUGGACAAACGUAGGCCUACGUCUCUGCUUGAACACCCUGUUGCUGUGUCCACAAAAAUGACUGUUCUGGAACCAGCCUGUGUUCCUGUGAAGCCACUUGCUGGCCCACAGAAAAGAUGCAGUGUUGUUGAGGCAAGGAAUCUCACGUCUUUUCAGGGUACAUUUGACGAUGAGGAUGUCAAGAUGAAGAGGGCUCAGCCACCAAAAGGAUUCCCCUGUUUGGCAGUAGAUUGA